GACAUUUACAAUGCUCACCAAAGCCUUGACAAAAUAAAAGUCUCUGCCCUUGUCGUGAGUUCUCGAUUCCUCUCGAAACGCCUUGGUGGUCAUCUAAUUAUAUUUAUAAGUCCUUUAAUUCUUCCCCUCUUUUGUCUUGCGUUUAGAUUUCCAUAUUUCACCUUAAACAAUUCAGCACUACCCAAGUCAUUGCUUUAAAAGAGAGACCAUUGCUCCAGCGAGACGCUACUUCAACUCUCGGAAAACUUCAAACAACCAUUACUUCUUCAUCUUCUUCGACUGUGGCCACCACACCAGGACACAUCACUUUCGAAUCACACAGCGAACGUAUGCUCAACACAGCCAAAUCAGCCAUGUCAACAACUCUACGACACGCCAAAAUCACACCGCACCGCUCCGGUGCCCGUGGUCACGCAGACCACGGUUGGCUGAACUCGUACCACUCCUUUAGCUUCGCCAACUGGUACGAUCCUCGCUUCAACAACUUCGGUUCGCUGCGAGUGCUGAACGAGGACCGCGUCAAGGCCAACUCGGGGUUCCCCACCCACCCGCACCGAGACUUUGAGAUCUUCAGCUAUAUCCUGUCAGGAGAGCUGACCCACCGCGACGGCAUGCUGCGCAAGGGUGCCGAGGGCGGCCAGAGCGACCGUUUCUACCGGAUGCACCGGGGCGACGUCCAGUUCACAACGGGGGGCACUGGCAUCGCCCACUCGGAGAUGAACGAGCACAAAUCCGAUACUGUCCAUUUCCUCCAAAUCUGGGCCACACCAUGGAAACGAGGUCUGACGCCGCGCUACCACACCCGGCAUUUUGACGAAGAGGAGAAGCGCAAAGGGUUCGUCAAGAUCCUCAGCCCCUUAAAGGCCGGCGAGGACGCUACUGCCGCCGAGGAGAAGGAGGCCGAGCCCGCGAUUCCGGGGACGAUCCCGAUCCACGCCGACUUUGUCAUGGGCGCUGGGAUUAUCGCACCCGAGGGCAAAUUUGAGUGGAAAGUUGGCUCGGACGCCACGCGGUCAACCAAGAGGAAGGUCUAUAUUCACCUCCCCACCACGAAGGGCGGACGUGCUAGGAUCAGGCUUGACGGACGGGAUGACGCAGUGCUCGAAGAGGGAGACGGCGCAUUUGUGGAUGCAGUUCACGCUGGCGACAAGCUAGUUGUCGAGAGCGUGGGGACAGCAGAGGCUGAGGUUGUUGUUUUGGAUACGGCUUGAUGAAUGGGCCAACCUUGGAUAAGAUAAAACGAGCGACUAGAGUGAUUUAUUAGAUGUAUAAUAUGGGAUGUAGAUUAGCCUCGUGGAUAUCAAAAGCGAAGUAUCGCACAUUUCAUGACAACUUCGCCUGUCUUGUCCAUCUUCGUCAUCAGCGGAAUGGUUUCUUGACUGAGUCAUUGUUGCUUAGCAUCCGUGAUGUCAAACACCAAGUUACCAUUUCACAAAAUGGAAACGAGGCAGG